AUGAACACGAAUUUUCCACACAAUCGGAAAAGAACGCUCUACGUCGGAGGUUUCACCGAGGAUGUCACUGAAAAAGUGUUGAUGGCCGCGUUCAUUCCGUUUGGAGACGUCGUUGCCAUCUCGAUUCCGAUGGAUUACGAGUCGGGAAAGCAUCGUGGCUUCGGAUUCGUCGAAUUCGAUAUGGCUGAGGAUGCGGCGAUGGCGAUUGAUAAUAUGAACGAGAGCGAGCUGUUCGGAAAGACUAUUCGUGUCAACUUUGCUCGUCCACCAAAAGCCACCGAACGCUCACAGAAACCUGUCUGGGCAGACGACGAAUGGCUCAAAAAGUAUGGAAGAGGUGGAGAAGCUGCUGCGGAAGAAGACGGAGACGCUGAAAAAGCCGCCACGUCAUCGUCGUCAGCCUCGACGAAGCUUCCACGUGUCUAUCUGGGAGUGAAGAUUGGAAUUCGAUAUAUUGGACGAAUAGUGAUCGAGUUAAGAACUGACGUUACACCGAAAACUGCCGAAAACUUCAGAUGUUUGUGCACAGGAGAACGAGGAUUCGGUUAUGAAGGAUCGAUAUUUCAUCGGAUUAUUCCAAAAUUUAUGCUUCAAGGCGGUGACUUUACGAAAGGAGACGGAACCGGCGGGAAGUCGAUCUAUGGAACGAAAUUUGAUGAUGAGAAUUUCACGCUCCGCCACACAAUGCCCGGCACAGUUUCAAUGGCGAACUGCGGUGCGAACACAAAUGGCUCACAAUUCUUCAUUUGCACCGAGAAAACCGAUUGGCUUGACGGAAAACACGUAGUGUUCGGUCAUGUUGUUGAAGGAAUGAAUAUUGUACGACAAGUCGAACAGCAAGGAACUCCGUCUGGCAAACCUCAGAUGGUUGUGAAAAUCGUGGAAAGCGGGGAAAUUGAGCCGGAAAAACGGAUUGCCGCCGAAAAAUUGGCCCAGAAGGCAGUUGUUCCGGGAGCCGAGAUUCAGGAGCCGCUUCCGCAGGCUAUGGAGACUUAAUUUAUUGAAUUUUAAAAUUUAUAUGUUUUAUUUUCAAAAAGAAUUGUUUUAAUUUAU